AUGACUAUACAAAAUCAUGUGACACAGUGGUUGGCUGAAGGUGGAGAUUACACUAAACUGAAGAUGGGGGCGUGUGUCUGGUGGGCUGUUUGGAAAGCUAGAAAUGCUGUGAUAUUCAACAGGUCCAAGUUGAACAUACAAUAUGUUCUUAAAGAGGCGUUGUAUUGGGAUAACAUGGAAACCACAGCUGAAGAUAUGGACAAUAUGCUGACUGAGACUGAUAUUAUGGAGUCCCAAAAGAACAACUGGGAACCACCUGAAGUAGAGAAAAUCAAAAUUAACUUUGAUGGAGCAGCGGGACCUAGAGGUUUUGCUUGUGGAGCAGUUGCUAGGGAUUCCAAGUCAAGUUUUCAGGGAUGCAAAAAUCAGAGUCUAAACUAUUGCAAGGCAGUUGAAGCUGAGGGAAAAGGAGCAUUGCUAGAAGUGGAUUUGGCCAGAAGAAAGGGGUUCAGAGACAUUAUUCUGGAAGGGGAUUCAAUCACAGUUAUCAAUGCUCUCAAAUAUGCUCACUAUAAACCAAACUGGCGCAUUCAAAGUACUAUAGACAUAAUCAGAGAUGAGCUAAGUCUGUUCAGAUCAGUAGACUUCAGGUAUGUUAAGAAGACUGCCAAUAAUGUGGCACACAAUGUUGCAGCUCUAGGUGUUACAUCCCACUCCUCAAAUGAGUGGUUUACUCUCCCUCCUUCUUGUAUCGCUCAGCUCAUUGCGAGUGAGUGUUCUUCUGUCUGA